AGUAUUAUCCAGCAUUAGUAUCUGAAUCUGGAAUCAUUUCUAUGGAAACUAGACUUUCAGCUUAAUUUAAACCUUAAAUGUAAUCUCAGGUAGUCAGGUUUAAACUCAGGUUCAGUUAUUCACUGAAAGUACCAACAGACUCAGACAUUUAGAGCAAACUAAGAUCAUCGGUGCUGGAGGAAAUGUCUGCUGUGACUGCAUCACUCUGCUCAACUUUGCUGUUAUUCAGUCUCUGCAUGUUUACCUCUGCAGACCACACAAUCAUCACUGCUGUGCCUGGAGAGGACGUCACUCUACCAUGUCAAACUCAAAACAACAUCAUCAGACAUGUACAGUGGUGCAGAGCUGACCUGGAAGAUGAAGGAACUUGUCCUUUUAUAUCACCAUGGACGACUUGUUCCUGAUUACCAGCAUCCAUCUUUUGAGAACCGGGUGGAUCUGAAGGACAGACAGAUCAUUGAUGGAGACGUGUCUUUGAUUCUGAAGGAUGUGACCACUGCUGAUAGUGGAACAUAUAGGUGUCGUGUCAUCCAGAGAGGCAGACAACAUAUGAAGCUCAUCAGCAUCAUCUACCUCAGAGUUGGUCCUCCAAAAGGCCGUGGUGUAGAUCCUGUUUUCUUCAACACAGCGGACUCUGCAGCAGAGGUACCUGACUCACAACAGGACACUCUUACAGGCACAGAUCACAAAAUCAUCACCGCUGUGUCUGGACAGGACGUCACUCUGACAUGUCGAGCUCAAGCCCACAUCGUCAUAGUUGUAGAGUGGAGCAGAACUGACCUGGAAGAUGAAGAACUUGUCCUUUUAUAUCAGCAUGGACGACUUGUUCCAGAUUACCAGCAUCCAUCUUUUGAGAACCGGGUGGAUCUGAAGGACAGACAGAUAGCUGAUGGAGACGUGUCUUUGAUUCUGAAGAAUGUGAGACAAGAUGAUGCUGGAACAUACGAGUGUCGUGUCAUCAAGAGAGCUGGAAAACCUUUGAAGCUCAUCAGCAUCAUCAACCUGAGAGUUGGUUCUCCAACAGGCCGUGGUUCAUUCAACACAGUGGAUGGUGCAGCAGAGAUACCUGACUCAAAACAGGACACUCUUCCAGGGCCAGUGAAUAACACCUCUCCUCCAGCUACAGGUCAGCCAGGAGGAACCAAAUGGCUGGAUCUGGAGGGAUAUGUUGGAAUAAGUGUUCUAGAAGCUUCUUUUGUUCUUAUUGUUGUUAAUACAAUUAUUAUAUUUGUUGUUUGUGUUAUUUCAAUUAUUGUUUGUAUAUUCACGGAGCGUAAGUUUGAUAACAUCAAACAUCAACUUUUGGCUCAAGAUGGCGGCGCGCACGGGUGCAGCGGCUCUUAGCUCUCCAGUUUGGUGCUCGUUUUUACUUUUACUGUGUAUAUUUUUAAAUGUUUGCAACGCCGCCAUCUCUUACAGUCGCCAGAACCUAAUUGACCUAGGUUUCAAAUAUAGUUUGUCUGUUUCUGGCAAAUAUCAGCGAACACACAACAUCCUGGAGGAGAUAGCGAGACCGCCAGGGUCACCGUGGAUAGUCUGCCCGCCCAGCAAGCGUAGGAGGCGACGGAGGGAGAGAAAGCAGAAGAGGGGAUGCCGGUCGGGCUCAGAUGCUAGGCUACGCAAACAACC